CCCGCGCUGCCUUCGUCACAGCGCCGCGGGACAGCCAUGCCCGGCCGCCUGCUGCGGGGCCUGUGGCAGCGAUGGCGCCGUUACAAGUACCGCUUCGUUCCUUGGAUCGCGCUGAACCUAAACCACAACCCGAGGACCCUCCGAUAUGUUCCAGAGGAAUCCAAAGACAAAGUUAUCUCAGAUGAAGAUGUCCUAGGAACAUUACUGAAAGUUUUCCAGGCUCUAUUCAUAAAUGAUUUCAAUAAGCAAUCAGAUAUCUUGACUAUGCUUCCAGAAACUGUUAAAUCAAAAUAUCACGACCUACUGUCAGUUCAACAUCCAAGGGUGAAACCGCUUGAAUACAGACAUGAACAGCAAAAUACCUUUAAACCAGAAGAAAUUCUUUAUAAGACAUUGGGUUUCAGUGUUGCCCAAGCAACUAGCUCAUUGAUUUCUGCGGGAAAAGGUGUCUUCGUUACCAGAGGAUUGGUACCAAAAGGCGCGGUUGUAUCUAUGUAUCCUGGUAAUGGCACAGUUAGUGCUUUGCCAAGAGUUUCCUAUUUAUCGACUAAUAUAAGUUCAAGUACAGUAUAUCAGAAGUAUGAGCCAAUCUUUUUCCAAUCCAUUGGAAAUCCAUUUAUUUUUAGAUGCUUGGAUGGGGUACUCAUUGAUGGAAAUGACAAAGGAAUAUCAAAAGUUGUAUACAGAUCUUGCAAUGGAAGGGAUCGACUUGGUCCUUUCAAAAUGAGUGAUAGUACAUGGCUAACAUCAGAAAUUUGUAAUCCACUGGCUGUAGGACAGUAUGUCAACAAUUGUUCAAAUGACAGAGCAGCUAAUGUCUGCUAUCAGGAAUUUGACGUGCCUGCAAUUUUUCCUGUAGAGCUGAAGCAAUAUCUUCCGAACAUUGCAUACAGCUGUGACAAACAAAGCCCACUUCGAUGUGUCAUUCUUGUAGCGCUCAGGGACAUCAAACAAGGAGAAGAGCUUUUCUCAAACUACUAUACAAUUGUCAGCUAACUAUGAACUAGAAAUUAGGUUUUCUGCUAUUGAGUUCAUUCUAAAUGUUUUUUGUUCAUCAUAUCUCUGAGUUCUACCUAUACAACAAAUAUUUUGAGGCCUAAUUGGAGUGGGAAUUUUUUGUUUUUAUUGAUACUGUUUUUAUGAUAAAAGCUCUUUGCUUCAUUACAAUUUCAAAUUGUCAUACAAUUCCGAUCUUAAUUGGCUUUCCCCUAAAUAUACAGUAGCUUAUUAAAUUAAAACCUACUGCCUGAACUUAAAAUUUCAAAUGUUCUUUUAUUUUGUAUAUCUCUGUGGUGGUUUAUAAAAUUCCAGCCAAGCCAUCAUCAUUUCUUGCACUGUUGAUUUGUACAAACUUCUGUAAAAACUGUAUUUUUAUGUAAUAAACUAAAGCAAAAAAUA